CCUAGCCGUAGCGAAUGGAUGGAACGCGCCCCGACUCGCGCGCUCUCCCUCGCCUGAGACCGGCUUUCUCAGUGGCCCCUCCCCUCUGCCGGGACCCUGGAGGUCCGCUGGGCAAGGGGAGAGAGCCGCGCUUCCUAGAGAGCUACCUGAGAAGGCUAGCUAGCAGAACGCCGAGCAACCGGCUGCUUCAUGUCCCGUCUUGACAUUGCCCUUCCGGCAUGAUGCACCAGCGGCUUCUUGUGAGAAGGAUCCGACAAAUGGGAUGUCAGCCAAUGUAGCCUUGGAGCUCCCAGAGUCCGAAACGGCUCCAUCGGUGACCCGGCAGCGGCCACUGUUCAGCGGGAUUGUGUAGGAGAGUGACGGAGGCGCCAUGGGGCUGGGUAAGGCUGCAGGGGUGCAUUUCCACUGGGUUGUUCUCUCUCGCAAAGCCCAAGCACUGCUUUGAUGUUCCCCUUGAGCCUGUGUGUUGGAGAUGCUUCUUGUGAGUAGAACUCCAAAGCCACACUUGGAAGAGAGCCCAGAAGUGGCACGAAGACACUGUGGUGUCCCUGCAGCCACUGAAAUGCAAAAUGCCCCCAAAGCACAAAAUUUCCCCCCACUUCUUUCCUCUCCUUCUAGGCAGUGAAAAGAUGCUGGCAGCUCCUCCUAGAGCUCUUCCUUUGGGUGAUGGAGUGGAAAUAGUUGCUGUGCUCUCACUGAAUCAGUCUGUGAGCCUGGAAGAGGUGGCUGUGUAUUUCUCUGAGGAGGAGGAGGAGGCUCUGCUGGAUCCAGGCCAAAGGGCUCUGCACAGGGAAGUCCUGGAGGAGAUUUCUGGGCAUCUGGCCUUUCUGGGUCAUUGGAGGGAGGAAGAGAAACAGACUGAUAUACCGAGAAAGAGAACUGAAGCGAGUCAGAAGAGGAGGCAGACUAAUUCUUCCAGAGGGUCAGAGUUGCAUUCCAUCCUAAUCCAAGGAGGAUGCCACAAGGGAAGCAAAAGGAAUAAGAUCACCCAGUAUAUAAACACCUUGACUAGUAAGACACAUCUGAGCAGAAGUCCCACUAUGCACACAGGAAAGGAAACCUAUACCUGCUCAGAGUGUGGAAAGAGCUUCAGUAAAAAUAUAGACCUUACAUUGCAUCAAAGAAUCCACACAGGUGAGAAGCCUUUUAAAUGCUUGGAAUGUGGAAAGAGUUUCACUUGGGGUGACAAGCUUACUGUCCAUUUAAGAAUCCACACAGGAGAGAAACCACACACCUGCUCAGAGUGUGGAAAGAGCUUCAGUCAGAAGGCAAAUCUUAUCACCAGAGAAUCCACACAGGGUAAAACCAUAUACCUGUUCAGCAUGUGGAAAGAGCUUCAGCCAGAAGGUAAUGCUUAUUUCCCAUCAAAGAGUCCACAGAGGAGAGAAGCCUUUUAAAUGCUCUGAGUGUGGAAAGAGCUUCAGCCAGAAAGCAGCACUUACUGUCCAUCAAAGAAUCCACACAGGAGAGAAACCAUAUAACUUCUCAGAGUGUGGAAAGAGCUUCAGUCUGAAAGUGACACUUACUGUCCAUCAAAGAGUCUACUAUAUUCCUGCUCAGAGUGUGGACGGAGCUUCAGUCAGAAGGCAGCACUUACUGUCCAUCAAAGAAUCCACACAGGAGAGAAGCCUUUUAAAUGCUCAGAAUGUGGAGUUUCACUCGGGAUGAUAAGCUUACAGUCCAUCACAGAGUCCACACAGGAGAAAAACCAUAUACCUGCUCAGAGUGUGGAAAGGUUUAUUAUUAUUAUUAUUAUUAUUAUUAAUUUACAUUUUAUAUCCCACUCUUCCUCCAAGGAGCCCAGAGUGGUGUACUACAUACUUAAGUUUCUCUUUCACAACAACCCUGUGAAGUAGGUUAGUCUGAAAGAGAAGUGACUGGCCCAGAGUCACCCAGCUAGUAUGGCUGAAUGGGGAUUUGAACUCGGAUCUCCCCGGUCCUAGUCCAGCACUCUAACCACUACACCACGCUGGCUCUGUUUAGUCAAAAACCAAACCUUACAUUGCAUCAAAGAAUCCACACACGUUAGAAGCCUUUUACAUGUGGAAAGUGUUCCACUCAGGGUGUCAGGUUUACUAUCCAUCAUAGAAUCCACACAGGAGAGAAACCAUAUACCUGGUUCAGAGUGUAGAAAGGGCUUCAGUUGGAGCAAAAAUCUGCAUCGAAGAAUCCACACAGGUGAGAAGCCUUUUUUAACGUUCAGGAUGUGGAAAUAAGUUACAUCCCACCAGAGAACCCACACAGGAGAUAGAGAUCACUUCAGUGCUUGGAGUGUGGAAAGAGCCUCAUUGAGAAGAUAGCACUUCGUUCCCAUCACAGAAUCCACAAGGACAAGAAAUCUAUAUUUAUUCAUCCAAAUACCUUUAAGAUGGGAGUUAAGAUGCUUUCAGUUUUCACUCGUGCUCUAGAAGGUGUGGAAAUAGCACUUUAUGGUGCCCAUCUUAGCUUCCAUGCCAUGUAAACUGCAAAGGCCUUGUACAGCCUUGGAAAUUUGCUUUGGGAAUGAGGAUCCAUGUUACACCUUUACACACAAGUAGACCUUACCUUUAGAAAUAUACCCCUUGCCCUUAUUUAUAGUAGACCUACAGCCCUAUUGCAGAUAAACCUUUCAUGCUUGUUGCAAAUAGACCUCAUCCGUAUGAGUAGACCACCCACUCCUACUCGUGAGUUGCUCUUGCUUUAUGUAUGAGUAGAGCCCACACUAGGGGUGUACAUGGAACUGGAGUGGGCUGGUUCGAAGGCAGGGGGGCAUAGCUUUAAGGGUGGAGGAGAGUGUUCUUACCCACCACCCACCCCCAGUUUCCCCCCACUGGUGCUCCAUUUUAAACUGGUUCAGCAGGGCAGCAGCCUACCUCCUUGCUGCCUCGUCAGACUGGAAGUAACUGGAAGUACCCGGUGCAGAUGCACAUGUCACACACGUUUGUGUACACCUCAAAAGCAGGUCCAAUAACAAGCCAGGGUCAAAAAGCCAGGAGAUCAGGUCUGCAGGGAGCAAGGUAAAGUGCAAGGAGUGGGCUGAGAACUCAAGGAGUGGGAUGCUACUUCAGAAAAGUUCUGCUGCAAACACAGUGCUUUUAAAGUGGAAGUGUGGUGCCUGGCCAUGCCCCUUUGGUUUUCUGCUGCAGGCUUAAAGGGCCCGUGCCUUAUUCUUUAAUUGUUGGCUGUGGCAGAGCCGAAGGUGUACUGGUGCUGGGAGUGGUGUGGCUUCCACCUCCUUCUCUGAAGUAGAAGAGGAAGAAGAGAGCAUUGGGGCAUUCUCAAAUCAAAGGGGAGGGGCAAGAAAUAUAGGGUCCUCUGAGUCCUGAGGGGCAUCCUUGGGCUGAAGGAGUUCAAGAGAUAUAGGAUGUCCUGGUACCUGGAGUGGGGAGACCUCGCCGACUGCUUUCUCCUCUGCAUCAACGGACUCUAUCCAAGGGUCUGAAGAGGGGUCAUGAUGCUUAGCCAUUCUUAAAAUGGUUGCUUGAUUACAAGAGGGCUGUGCUGAUGCUAAGAAAUGCUUCCAGACCCAAACCGGAGUGACCAUGUAAUGCUUUUUCUGUAUUGCUAAGUUGUUUUGUACUUCUUAAAUGGUUGUUUCCAAGGAGCUUUGCCAUGCAAGAUGGGCGAUUGACUUAGUUGAGGUCAAGCUCAACUUCUAGAAAGUGCCUUGUUGAUUGCAAUUAUUUGCUCAAAAUUUGGGAACACGGGUGCAAUGAAUUGUAGUUAGAAACAUCUGUGUGUGUUUGUGUGUGUAUGUUUGUGUGAGUAAGAGUGAGUGAAGAUAUGGUUAGUUAGUGGUGAGAGUAAACAGGCCAACGGGCCAAGAUUACUGGGUGAAUAGAAAGUGUGCUGAGAGCAGGGACUUGAGAGACAAGUGCAGAGUGGGAUUUGACAGCUGGACCAUCUCCAGUGGCAGAGAAAUGGUUUAGUGAGUGUGUUUUGGACAAGUUGACCUGGACCAAGAGGCCUGGAGGGACGUUUCACCAAUGUGUCCUAGGAGUGGAGCCCCAAAGCCAGGAAGACCAUCCUGCCAGAUCAUCUCUAUCAGGGUUGCACGGCAUGUGGCCCGCGGACCAGAUCUGACCCAUGGAGAUGUUUUUGCUGGUUCACAGUGAAGAUAAGGUGAAAACUUCCCUAAGGUGUGCCUGAAAGACGACUUGAGCUGGAAGGAGCCAUCUUAGGUAGCCUAAGUCAAGAUUGGCAAUGCUGAGCCAUUAUUUGCUUUUAAGCCAAGUCAGCAGUUUAAUGGAAUGAUAAUCAUGGGUGGUUGUUGUUGUUGUUUGUUUUUUAAAAUUGGUUAGCACUGGUGUAUGGAAGUUUCAAUGGAAGCCAGAGGAAAGACCUUGAUUGCCUUUUGCUGCCUGAACAUAAGCUGCCACGAGGAUCACAGGCUUUAGAGAAAGAACUUUCUGGAUACCUUGUUGGUAUCCAUCUAAGUUUGCUUGCACACCCACAGUGGAAAAUUUGAGAACAAAAGGGACAAUAUUUGAAAAUGCCCUGAGUCGUCAUUACUCAAUACAGAACCGAUUGUAUUAAUUAAAAUGAUCAUUGCUGGGUUGCCAAGAGAAUGUAACUAAUGGAAGGCCUGAAGAGUUGUGGUAAUUUGGCUGAGGUAUAAAGGCUGGAGGCCUGGUAAGUUGAAGGAUUCCUUUGGGGGCUUUUGGCUUUUGUUUGACUAAUAGUUUUUCAGGAAGGAGGGAAGCUUCUUUGAGAGGCUCUCUCUCUUCUUCACCUUUCCUUGUCCCCCCUCUAACUUCUGAGAUGUAUAGAGACACUACAGCUUGAAGAUGGGUAGAUAUAGUAUUUUAUCUCUUUGUUUUUUGACCAUGAAUUCUCUUGACUACUGUCUAUUGUUGGGAACAAAUAGAGCUUCCAAGUAAGCAGGAGGAGGGAAGGUGUUUGAUUUAAUAACUGCAUGGUUGUAUGAAGCUUAUAAUGUAACGGAACUGUUUUUCUAUUUCUUUUGUAUGCCAUGUACCUAAGUUCUCAAUUUCUCUGUAAAAUACUUAAUGCCUGAAUAAAUCGCUUUAAAUUCA